UGACGGCCGGUCCGAAAUUAGCAUUUCUUGGCAUGCAUGUAAAAUCACGUCUGCCGCGAUAAUGGUGGGUAUCACCUUGUUUAUAGCCGGCUUCUUCGCCUUUCCGUCGUCCCACGUUUUUUUCACCUUCCUGCAGCGGUACAUUUUUCCAGGACUGAACUAUGUCGACAGAUUUGCCAUAAGUACACGGUUUGUGUCGGCGCUUCAAGCGCUUGGCGCCUCUCUCGUUGGUUUAAAAGUUGUUUUCACCUCCACUGACAUCAUGUUACACAGGCAACCAAUUUUAACCCUGUAUGCCUACUUUGGAUUGAGUUAUUUUUAUUAUGAUGUGGUGGUGAUGUUUAUUGGAACUUAUCUUGAAGAAAAGCAGGAAGACCCACAGAGAGACUUGUACUAUAUUUGGACAAAAUUUUUUAAAAAGAAGAAACUGAUUGUCUUCCACCACCUUCUUCUCCCUCUUGUUGGGUUUCCUGCUAUUACUAUAUGGAGGAAGCAAAAAGGAGACUUCUUCUUAGCAUGUGUAUAUCUUAAUGAGAUGAGCACUCCAUUCUUGUCCUUCAAGGCAGUCUUAGAAACGUUUGAAAUGAGGAAAUCAAUCUUGUAUGUAACUAAUGGUGUUCUUUUAGCAACUAUGUUUCUGUGUUGUAGAGUACUUGUUUAUCCCUAUAUGUACUGGUGUUAUGCUCAUUAUGCCAACAUACCCUUUCUACACACUCCGUUUAAAAUACCUCUCUUUUGCAAUUCAUUCUGCUUGUUGUUGUUCAGUGUACAGUUGUACUGGUUUCUCAUAAUUGUGCGCGGAGUGUUUCGGUUCUUUAAACCUUCUCCAAAAUUGCAACAGAAACCAGUUUCAAAUGUAAAUGGUGAAAAUGGUUUUCAUUAUAAAAGUGACUGAUGGUACAUAACAUAAGUGAACAUUUUUCAGAGGAGUUAAACUCAAGCAAAAUGAUAUGGUGACACAUUGUUUUGAUGAAAUUAAUUGCCCCUGGCACAAUACUUUUGGGCUUGAAGUGAUAAAAAGUUAUUAUUUACAGGCCCAGGCAGAUAGCUAAAGAAGAAGUAGACCACAAACCAUUUCAUAAGUCCAUGGAUGAGAUAAAAAUUAUACGGUUUUUGAAGCAAAUUUAUGUAUGCAAAAGGAAAAUGAAAAUUUGAGCAACAAGGCUUGAAAAACAUACAAAUCUGAAGGCCCCAAUCCUGUGAAGGUUUACUCUUUUAAAAGAUCCAUUUCUACAAAUCAAAUAAAUCAAAAUUUGAGAAUGCAACAUAAUCUAACUUAUUUAAAGAUGUACUAGAUAAUUAUCAUCUUGAAUGUUGAAUGUUAGAAAGGGUAUAUACUCAAUUUUUCAAUGUAAUAUAUGUCAUUGGCCUGCAGAUGAAAAUCAAGUAAAGUAAUGAACCUCACAGGUGAGGAGCUGCUGAAUUUUCACUUAAAACCUGAAUUUUUUUCAGGAUUCUUUUCUGGAAUUAUUUAAUUAGCAACUCACCUGCGAGGAGCAUUGCUUUAUUUGAUGGUAUUUACUGAUUAUUUGUUAUGCUUAUCGAUUGAAAAGAGACUAUCAUUGUAAAUUUUGUACAGUAUUUACCAGUUGAAUUUGGAAAUCAAACCAAAGAGGAAACAAAAGAGAGCUGCAAGUAUAAGAUGAAACUAUUUAUGAGAAAAGUGAAUAAAAUUCCUCUUUAGUAGAGCUAAAGCUUAGCAUAGAAAAUAUAAUUUGCCGAAAAGAUUCAUUUCUUCAAUACUACUUAAUUCCUAAAAGUAUUUGUUUCAAAUCAAAAUGAAUGGGCUUUAUACAUUAGAAAAAAACACAUUCAUGUACAUUAUUUUAUAAGCCUUAGCUUAUGAACUGUUUUGAAAAGUUACAUAAUUUGCCAAGUAGAUAAAGAAUGUAACUAUUUAAUGUAUUAUUUUCUCAUACUGCUUCUUUACGACUUUUAAUAAGGGGUAUGGUUUUCAAGGUGACAUGUUUUGAAAUUUUGGAUUUUUAAUAUUUAUUAAGUUAGGAAAUAGGGCUACUGUCUGUUGAAUUGGGAAGAUUUUUUUAUCACAGAGAUGCAUGCUAUUUAUCUGUUGUGGUAUCAAUUUCAAAUAAAGCAAAGACAUAUCAAUUCAUAAUGGUCCUAAAUACUUCUUCUUGCUUAGUUUAUACGGGAGCUUAAUGUUGAU